GUAACAAUUGAUAUCGGAUUAUCAGCCUAUCAAAAUGCGCGAAAAUAUUAUACGGAGAAGAAAGCUGCAAUGGAGAAACAGCGUAAAACUGUGUCUGCUUCGACAAAAGUGCUGAAAACGGCACAACUGAAAACAAAAGAAACCGUGGAAGCGGUCCGUGCAAAAACUGAUAUACUGAAAAAACGACGUAUGAUGUGGUUUGAAAAAUUUCUUUGGUUUGUCAGCUCGGAAAAUUAUUUGGUAAUCGGAGGUCGUGAUGCUCAGCAAAAUGAAUUGCUAGUGAAAAGGUAUCUUCGGCCAGGUGAUGUUUAUGUUCAUGCGGAUCUUCGUGGUGCCUCAUCAGUUGUUAUACGUAACAAAAUGGGUGGUGGAGAGAUACCACCAAAAACACUGAAUGAAGCUGGCACAAUGGCUGUCUGUUAUUCCUCAGCAUGGGAAGCAAAAGUAUCUGAUCGCGCGUGGUGGGUUUCGAGGACAACACCAACUGGUGAAUAUUUGACUGCUGGAAGUUUCAUGAUACGUGGAAAAAAGAACUUUUUGCCCCUCUGUCAACUGCAAAUGGGAUUCGGCGUUAUGUUCAAGCUGGAUGAUGAUUCUCUGGAACGGCAUGUUGAGGAGCGGAAAGUUUCGAUUGCGCAUACUGAGGAGGACGAAUCAGGAGCUGUGGGGUCCCGAAGUGACGAUGAUGUCUCUGUGCACGGAAGCGAAAACGAAGAAAGCGACGAGAAGGAUUCCGAUGACGGGAACUAUGAUUUCCCAGACAUUCAGGUUAAAAAGGCUUUGAAUCCGGUUAGCUUAAGCAAUAUUGUGCAGCAUGUGAAAGGCACUGGUGCAGACGAAGACUAUACGAUAAUUCAAGUAGGCCCAUCGGCGCCUCAAAGGCCUACAGUAAAAGCAGCAGAUGACGAUACAAGGAGCGCGGAGCAGAUGAAAAAAGACGAGGAAACGAAAGACGGUGAUGGUGGUGGAAAAGAGGAUGAGGAAGAUGUACUGGAAGAGGCAGAUACAGCAAUGAUGGAUGCCGAGGAAACCAGGAUGCUGAACUCGCUAACAUGGAGGCCAUUUGACGAAGAUGUGCUUUUAUACGCGCUAGUUGUAGUGGCUCCCUAUCAGACGAUGCACAAUUUCAAGUAUAAAGUAAAGCUGACUCCAGGAACCGGCAAACGUGGAAAGGCUGCAAAAAGCGCUAUUGCUUUGUUCCAGCGUGAUAAAUCGGCGACUGCUCAUGAAUUGAGUUUGCUGAAAGUGCUUGCAAGUAAUGACCAAAUCGCGAGAAACAUUCCUGGAAAAGUUCGAAUCUCUGCGCCACAGCUGAAUAAAAAAUAA